AUGAAACCAAUACCAUUCCCAUAUGCCCUAAAUAUAGGCACAGACAUCGUCCACCUCCCCCGAAUGACUGCCCUCCUCACGCGCCGAGGCAACUAUUUAACACGCUUCACCCGCCGCAUCCUCUGCGAGCAAGAACAAAAAGACUUCCACCACCGCUUCAAAGAGUCCCUCACCCUCCAAUCACAACCCCAAUCCCAAAGCACCUCCAUCCCCGCGCGGCCCUCAUUCAUCACAGCCGACAUGACGCGCUGGCUCGCCGGCCGAUUCGCAGCGAAGGAAGCCGCGCGCAAAGCUGCCCCGGAUGGAGCGGCUUCGAUUGGGUGGAAGGAUGUAAUGGUUCGGGUGCAGGAGAGUUCGGAUUCGGAUAUGGAUGUUAAUAUGGGUGUGGCACAGUCUCAUCAGGUUAAUGGGCUUAGUCGUAGGCCGGAGAUUGUGUAUUUGGGGACUGCGGUUGAUGGGAGUGAUAGUCGGGUUGGACGACUUUCUAUUUCUCAUGAUGGGGACUACGUUGUUGCAACGGUUUUGGCGGCGGGUUGA